GAGAGGUGGAAAGGUUACUACGAGAGUACACCCAAAACCAGGAAAUGGUACGAAAUAUUGGUUCCCAUUACUACCAGAUUAUAUAUCCAGUUCAACUACGACAGCAUAAGAAAAUGGGCAUUUCGACAAGGGAGAUAGGGUCUUCUAAGGUACGCAAUGCCCGGAGUACGAGAGGACAGGCAAACGAUGGCAGUGCCUCAUCGAGUUCAUCAGGAUAUUCCAGCAGAACUCGCCCAAGUAAAACCGGCAAGCACUUUCAUCGCACAUCACUCCUCAUCAAAGCCUUCAACCACAAAUUUCGUCUGGAUCUCGAGCUGAACACACAACUCAUCGCACCAAAUAUUGCUCAAAAACACUACCUGGCUAAUGGAGCCGAAUAUGAAUCAAAAAGGGAUAUCGAGCAUUGUUAUUAUCACGGGACAGUCCAGGACUAUCCAGGUGCCACGGCAGCUUUCCACACUUGUAAUGGAGUCAGCGGGGUUAUCCAUGUAGGCAACGAAACUUUCGUCAUUCAUCCAUUCUACGGAGGUGAUCUUUCGAAGCAUCCUCAUUUGAUAUUUGAGACUCGCACCAAAGCCAACAAUGGAUGCGCCAAUUCAGGCCACAUGGAAUGGAGACUCAAUCCCAUCUCUGGGUUUUUUCCACAUACGAUGACAAGAGUUAAGAAGGACGUCAGAGAGGCCACGAAGUACAUCGAAACUGCCCUGGUGAUCGACAAGGCGAUGUUCGAUAAAAGAAACGGAAGUACUAGAGGCGAAGUUGUGCACGAUGCGAUACAAGUGGCCAACAUCGCGGACCUGUAUUUCCGGACACUGAAUACCAGGGUGUCGGUAGUAUACGUGGAAACUUGGCAGGGUGCGAACCAAGCAACAAUCAAACCCAACGAAGACAUUGGUGAAGCUCUUGUCAAUUUCAACGAUUAUACCGCUAGAAAACUCUUCAAAAUAGAAAAAGAUACCACCCAACUUCUGACUGGUGAAUUUUUUGAGGGUGGUAAAGCAGGCAAGGCGGUUCCAGCCACUGUUUGCACUUCUAAAUCCGUAGGAAUAAGCGUCGACAUCAAUACGUAUGAACCACACUUGUUGGCUGGAACCAUGGCUCAUAUGAUCGGUCACAAUAUUGGAAUGGGUCACGACGAUGGAAGGCAGGAAUGUUCCUGCAGGGAUUGGCAUGGAUGCAUUAUGGCUCAAGCAAUAGUAGGACUCAACAACGUACAGCCUUACAAAUUUUCUGAGUGCAGUAAAUCAGACUACAUCGAUAGGUUGAGGACGGGUAACGGAAUUUGCCUUCUCAACAAACCAAAUGAGCUCACGGAUCACAGGACUUGCGGCAACAGCAUAGUCGAAGAUGGCGAGGAAUGUGAUUGUGGAAGCAUCGAAAACUGUCACAAAAAUAACCCAUGCUGCGAUCCAAUAACUUGCAAGCUGACUAAAGAAUCGCAGUGUGCUUCGGGUGCGUGUUGUGAAGAUUGUCAACUGAAAGACAUGGGUGUAAUUUGUCGAGAAGCGACCAAUGAGUGCGAUCUGCCAGAACAGUGUACAGGAGUUUCUGGAGAAUGUCCUGUGGAUAUUUUCAAGAAGAACGGUACUCCCUGUGAGAAAGAGAGUGGGUACUGUUUCGAUGGAGUUUGUCCUACAUUGACGUUGCAGUGCGAACGUAUUUGGGGAUACGGAGGUAUAGCAGCAGACACUCAAUGUUUCGAACAAUUCAAUUCGAAGGGAUCGAUAAAUGGACAUUGCGGCAGUGACACUACUGGACGUUUUCUGAAAUGCUCGCCUGAAAAUGUAAGAUGUGGGUCCCUCCAGUGCCAACAUGGAAACCGAUAUCCUGUCGUCGCUGGCUUGGAUCAGUCUCAAGAUCAUUCGAGAACGAUAAUUUCGAUCAAAGGGCGCGAAUAUGAGUGCAAGACAACAACGGGACAGAAAACUGGAAAAGACGAAGAGGAUCUACCACUUUUGGGACUCGUACGAGAUGGCACGCCUUGCGGAGAAAACCUCAUUUGCCUUAAUCAAACUUGUACCAGCAUAUUUCCUCAUGUUAAGCAAGAAAAAUGUCCUUCAAAUCAUGCUAGCAUGGAGUGUUCUGGACACGGGUUUUGUACGAAUCAAAACAAGUGUUUCUGCGAACUGGGGUGGACUGGUACCGAUUGCUCAAUCCAAGUAGAAUUAACCCCCGCCCCUCCAAUUGCCACGCCGCCUCCUGAUAUUUCUCCGACCAAUCUCCAGGAUCACAUGAAAAAGAAAGAAACCCCCUACGAGGACUAUCAUGGUUCGAACACGAUUUUUCUCGUGGGCACUCUCAUGUCGGUGGUAGGGGGUGUGUUCGUUGUAUUCGCAACUAUGGCCCUUUGCUACAGGUCAGUCGUAGUACACAAAAACUUCUCGCUCUGUCUAAGAAGGAAGACGACCGUUCGCAAAUACGAAAAGGCAUACAAACCGCCUAUCCCCAAAAACUACAUCCUCACAACAGGAAAUCACUCUCAAGAGGACUCUAUAGAUAAUUCUAACCAGAUACUGACGCUCGGUUCCGAGAGGAAGUACAAAGAACACAAGCUGCAACAACUAAAACGUGUUGGAGUUGGAUCUGCUAGUGAAGAUGACCAAGGACUUUCAGGUGAAGAAGAAUCUGUCUCGUUUAUAGACCUCCAACACAACAAUCUCAAACUUCCUGAGAAGAAGGGUAUUCUCAAGAAGCAUGACUACGGUUUGAUGAUCGGAGAUGGAGCAUUGAAAAUAGUGGAAAGAACACUGAAAACCCUGAAUGGUUAUCAUGAGGAUAUUAUUAAAGCCCUCAGAAACGCUGCUUCCCGAAGAGGAACGUUAACGCCUAGUGGUAGCAGUGGUGUUUUGAGCGAAGAACUUCUGCGAAGAAGUUUAGCACAGUGUGCCGAGAGCUACUCGGACUACAAAAGAAGUUCAAGCAAGGAAAAUAUUUGUGAGCAGCAGGUAGAACACGAAGAAGAGGAUGAAGAAGAAGUACCGCCAGUAGGUCCAAUCCGUAUUCGAAAUCUCGAAGAUCUCAUUCGACAACUUGAACAUCAUUCACGCCACAUGAGUCCGAGUGGAUCAGAGGAUAUACGGAUGUCGGAAACAGAAGCAGAUCGGCAUUAUCGACAAGAAUCCUCCUCGGCGUGCAGCGAGAGUUCCCACCAAUCGCAUAAUAGGGACUCACGGUUCGUGUAUGGGAGAUACAGGCAACCAACGGGCAGGUUACCCUAUCCCCAUCCCCUAACCCAUCAUCAGGCCGAGGAGGAGAGUAUUUACGAAUCUGCUGACCACGACAGGGGGGCACCAUGUGGCGACACUCCUGAUAGCGAAAGUGAUGACUUUAUUCAAGCUCAACAACAGCUAGCCCGGUGGGCCAGUGAGGACGCCGUGGGGCAGGCGGGCACCAGCGGCAGCGCCGGCGUUGGAGGCGUCGUGCCGCGGGAGUACUAUCCUUCUCCCAGCAGUUCCACCAGCGAGGAACCGCCCAGCAUCGCAAGAGCGCCUGUCCCGAUCCCAGGCCACGUGCCAAUAAGCCAUCCCCACCCAGACCACGCGACCAUCCACCGACCCAAAAGGUAUCCGGAAUAUAAACACUGAUAGUGACUGAAAAGUGACGUCGGGACGCUGCGGCCGCGGCCUGACUCGUCUCUUCCAACCUACACCCGUGCGAGAUACCACGAAUUCCGGCAUUCCCUCUCGUUACUGGGACAAUCGAGUUCUCGGUUAGACGAAGACGCCCUGUAAAAAUCAGUUGAGAUUUUCAAAGAGUGUUCAUUUUUAUGGCCGAAUUUGUUGGCCGUGAUCUGCAGGUUUUCAUACCUCUUGCGGUAGACAUCAUCAAAGGCGAUGAGAUAUCCUCACAGCAGAUGCUACUUUUUUCAGGGUUUAGAUUUCUGGUUUCAUUCUAUAGGUGAAAGACGAGCUUCAUUCUUUUUGGUUGCAUUAAUUGGCCCAAAUCGUAAACAGUUGAUUGCAGGAAGCCAGACUUCAUUGAUAAUUUUCUCAUUUUUCCGGCUGUAUUUUCUCCUUUCUUGAAAUUGUCUGUAUGUUUCUCCGAAUUGGGGACAAAUCUGGAAAAACAAUCAAUAUUCAGGCAAAUGAAAACUAUCAGAGAGAGUUUCAACGUCUGCUAAAGACCUUAGAGCUGCAGAUCGGUCUACAUCGAAAUCACGAAAAGAAGUUAAAAUACCCGACUCUCUGAAGACAAGAGAAAUUGUAACCUUAGACUUACCGAAAAAUCAGCAGUAACGGAUCACACAGCGAAGGCAUCGACAUUAUUGCUUUCGAAGAGACAGAACACAGAACUAAUAUCCAAGACUAUAUAGGGAGGUGAUAGAGAUUCAGAAACACAAAGAAAGUCUGUAAACGAAUCAGGUUAAGUCAUUAGAAUGAAGCCACGCUCACCACGGGUGGAAUAAAACCGCAGAUCAAAAGCUUGAAUAGUAGUAUCCGCUGUAUGGAGUAGUUUGUCUGUUGUGUCAUCGAGGUUGUUGCUAACAUGUGAACCAGCAGACCAUGGCCAACAAACCCGGAAAAUAGCUUUCAUACGUGAGAUUUGGUUAUUAUCACCAUCGAAUGUUAAAUAUUUUUCAUCGGUUAUUGGCAUUGCAAAUAAUUUUUGAAAAGUAAAAAAUUGAUAAAAGCAUAAAAAUAGUUACCAGCUGAAAAAUAAUGUUCUCUUCACAGAAAAAUAACUUCUAUCUAAGGUACAAGAGACGAAAUUGGUGACUUUUUUAGAGACGGAAAAUUGUUUUUCCCGAUUUUUACUGAAAAUAGAACUCCGUACGAUGAAAGUUGU